CGGGGCGGUGGCCGCGCGCAGGAGCCCGGAGGCCGGCCAAGCGCAUCGCGGGCCCGUGGGCCUCCAUGUGCGUGCUGGCGGCGGCGGGCGCGCUGACCGCUCGCGCCCCGCACCCUAGAGGGCCGGCUGGGGCGCGCGGGCGGGGGCGGCCGGGCGGCGGCGGCGGCGGCAGCGUUGGCCCGAGCGGGCCCCGGCGGGCGUGAGCGCAGGCGAGCGCGCUGCCUGCAUGCGCGGAGCUCCAGCCCCGGGCGGCCGGGCGGCGGCGGCGCCGGAGCCGGAGGCAGCCGGCCGUGGAAAGGCACGCGGAGCACCGAGGCGCCCCGGGUCCGCGCCGGACCUUUGUGACCGUCUAGCUCCUGGGUGCGCUGCGAAGACUCGGACCGCACUGUUUUGAAUCUCCCGGCGUCUGGGCGCGGGGCGACUCUUGGUAUUUUCUAACUCAACUCGUGGAUCGGAACGUGGCUUCGGCUCUGAGCGCGGCUGGAGACGUGUAGGACCUCAGCCCUGGCUGCGGCCGCCGCGCUCGCCCUCGGGAGAGUCGGCGGGGAAGGGACACCGGCCGGCCUCGGGAGUCUCCGCGUGCGGAGGGGAGGAACGGAAGGCUGACUGGUCUCCCCGGAGAACCGACUCGGGAUUUGUUGCGAGCAGCAUGGAGGAGAAUGACCCCAAGCCCAGCGAGGCGGCGGCGGCGGAGGGGCAGCGGCCGCCGGAAUCCAGCCCCAGCGGCGGCGCCGGCAGCCCGGGCGACCCGGACACUGGCCGCCGGCGGGCUCUGAUGCUGCCUGCGGUCCUGCAGGCGCCGGGCAACCACCAGCACCCACACCGCAUCACCAACUUCUUCAUCGACAACAUCCUGCGGCCCGAGUUUGGCCGUAGAAAGGACGCGGGGACGUGCUGUCCCGGAACCGGAGGAGGCAGAGGCGCCGGGGCAGGCGGCGAAGGCGGCGUGGAGGGAGGCGGCGGCGCGGGCGGCGCGGAGCAGCUCCUGGGGUCGGGCCGGGAGCCCCGGCAGAACGCGCCCGGGGCGCCUGGGGCGGGCGGGCCGCUGCCCGGCGGUGGCGGUAGCGACUCUCCAGGUGACGGCGAAGGCGGCUCCAAGGCGCUCUCACUGCACAGCGGCGCCAAGAAAGGCGGAGACCCCGGGGGUCCCCUAGACGGGGCGCUCAAGGCCCGCGGCUUGGGCGGAGGCGACCUGUCGGUGAGCUCAGACUCGGACAGUUCGCAGGCCAGCGCCAACCUGGGCGCGCAGCCCAUGCUCUGGCCGGCUUGGGUAUACUGCACGCGCUACUCGGAUCGACCUUCUUCAGGUCCCAGAUCUCGCAAACCAAAGAAGAAGAACCCCAACAAAGAAGACAAGCGGCCCCGCACGGCCUUCACGGCAGAGCAGCUGCAGCGCCUCAAAGCGGAGUUCCAGACCAACAGGUACCUGACGGAGCAGCGGCGCCAGAGCCUGGCGCAGGAGCUCAGCCUCAACGAGUCACAGAUCAAGAUCUGGUUCCAGAACAAGCGCGCCAAGAUCAAGAAGGCCACGGGCAGCAAGAACACGCUGGCCGUGCACCUCAUGGCGCAGGGCCUGUACAACCACUCCACCACAGCCAAGGAGGGCAAGUCGGACAGCGAGUAGGGCGGGCGGGCGGGCGGGCGCCACGUCCCAGCCCGCCCUGGCUAAAUGAUGCAAUAAUUUAAAAUCAGAAAUCAAGGGCCAGUGUAUAAAGAUUAUACCAGCAUUAAUAGUGAAGAUAUCGUGUAUUAGCUAUGGUUCUGCAAUAUUCUAUGUAUAUAUAAUUUACAGGAGGUGUAAAAUCCAAAAUAUCUGACUAUAAAAUAUUUUUUGAGUUUUUUUAUGUGUAUGAGAUUAUGCUAACUUUAUGUUGGGUUUUGUUUUUGUUUUUUGCAAAGGGGGCUACUUAGGGUUUCAUCUUUUUUAAUCCCCUAAGUUCCAUUAUGGGACAUCGGACACUUUUUUUUUUUUUUUUUUUUCAAAAGAAGAAAAAAUUAAAACAACUUGCUGAAGUCCAAAGAUUUUUAUUGCUGCAUUUCACACGACUGUGAACCGAAUAAAUAGCUCCUACUUGGUCCUGAGUUCUUCCACUUUGUUUGUGUGGGCUUGAUGAGGCCGGCAGGAGGGUCCACAUGCCCAGGCGGCUGGGCCUCGGUCAGGUGCCCUGCUCCCCGGGGCUGCCUGGGCCGGGCUGCGCCAGCUCCCCUCCUCCCCUUUUCCUGCCUUCUCUCCCUGUCUCCUCCUCGCUGAGGCCUGACCCGUGCCUCCCUGCAUCCUUCCGUCUGCAUCUGCGUCGUUGUCCCCGGUCCAGCUGCCCGCCUCCAGCGCCAGAGUGUCCCACCUCUGGCACCGCUCCGAGGCUCAGGGCGCCAGUGGCUGGAGGCUCACAGGCUUCGGGGCCGUCCUGUCCCUCCAGACCUGGGCCCAGAAGCUCUCCUGCGGCUCCAUCAGCUGCCCAGGCAAUGCCCAGGGGGCCCAGAAACGCAGCCAAGGUCUGCUGGGUUUGCCUCGGGGGGCUGCGGAGUCCUGAAGAAGGAGCUGGCGGUUCCCCUCUUUCCUUUUUCUUUUUCUUCACUUUCUUUUCUUUUUUUCUGUUUUUAAAGUGGCCGCUUCUGCUAUAGAGAGCAUUCUUUCAAGGUAAAUAUGUGUGCAUGUGUACAUAUAUCUGUGUGUGUGCUCAUAUACACACAAACAGACGUGUAAGAGUCCACGUGUAAGAGUCCGCAGUUCUAGAACAUGUGGCUACCUUGACUUUUAAAGGAACUCAGAAUUCUCCAGGAUCUAGAGGAAAGAAGAAAAUGUGUAAAUAAUCAUUUCUUAUCUCUUUUUGUCUUGUUUUUUUUUUAAAUAUACAUUUUAUUUUUUGAAGUGUGGUACAGUGUAAAUGAAAUAUAUUCAAUAUAUCCCCACCAAGUACAUAUAUAUAAACGAACACAUUAUCUAUAUCUUUAUCUGUAGCUCCACACUGUCUUCUGUUUAUUGUAUGGAAAAAGAAUUGUGUCCAAAUGUCCGUCUGUGCCGGGACAGCCUAGGGGGGGGUCCCCCGGGCCCUGCCCUGAGGACUGAGGGUGAACUUCUCUCUUUGCCUUAAACCUCUUUAUUUCACUGCGAUAAUAAUUUCACUUUGUACAUACUAGCAUAAACCUUUUUUUUUUUUUUAAGAAAAAAAAACCUAUAAAAGCAAAAGUUGUAAUUUAAAAUUCUGUGAAUAACCAUCUGCUGCUUAGGAAACUCAAUGAAAUGAUAUGCCUUUUUAGCAGGAAGCAAAGUUUUGGGGUUUUUAUUUUUUUAUUUUUAUUUUUUAGUUUAUUACACAUGUGCAUUUUACAGUCCCAGUAGCAAAUAUUUAUAAUCUUAUAAGAAAUGAAUGUUUCUAUUUACGACUGUGGUUCUCAAAAUUGUGAACAUUUCCCCCGCAUUUUUGUGUGUUGAAAUUCUUGAAAGUUACAUUAAAUAAAAAAAAAAACCACUUUAUUGUAAAAUA